CUCCGGUGCGAGAGGAAGGGAUCGCGGACUGUGGCCGGGAGCUCUCGUGUGCGGCUUUUGUUCGUGCGUGGGGAGGCCUGGACGAGAGGCAGCUGGGAUGCGUGUGCGUGUGUGCUGUUGUUGUGUCGUGCUGCGGUGACCCGAUACCGAGGAACGCCUGCCAGACACCAGCAGAGAGUUAUUUUCGACCUACAGCGCGUCUUAGAGGGAGACCUAUGACAGCUGCGUGAAUGGUCCUACAAAAAAGUGAACGUUUGUUGUCAAGGAAAGUCGAGCUUACGCUUCGCAGUUUCAGAAUUCGAUCCGGCAAUCGACGAGUCUUUCACCACCGCAGAAGCGAGCGUUAGUCACCAAGGCUACAGAGAAGAGAAGUUCCUGCUGAAGAAGGCUGCGGAUUCAGCCAGCGAUGGCUCUGGGCUGCUCGUAGGGGCGACUGACAGCUAGCUGAUAGCGCCUCGUUCCUAAUAAGGUGAUGUGUGAGUCCUUAAGCUGAAGCCCGGAGGCGGCAGAGGAGAUGGCGACGUGCCAGGCGGGCGGAGGCGGCGGGGGCGGCCACCACGGCCACCGCCGGCAGGAGUCCAUGUACGCCAUGACGGGCCUCUACUCGGAGACCGCGUCCGCAGACGAGGACCUCAACGACUCGAACGCGACCGUCACGACGACGGUGAGCGCCGGCACGUCAGGCGGCUGCUGCCACGACUCCGUGGUCAAGUGCCACAGCAGGAACCCCUCGUCCGGGCUCGUCGACAGGAGUGAAAAGGAACGUGCACAUUCCGCGUAUCCAGAACUUACUGCUGCCAUCCUUCUUCGUGAUUCGAAGGAUUGUGGUAUCCUUAACUGUAGGCCUCCAUUCUUGCAGAGGUUUGCGAGUAUAAAGGUGUUUGUCCUAUUGUUAUCAUUCCUAGUAACACUGCAACAAGCACUUAGCUCAGGGUAUAUUAACUCUGUAAUUACAACAAUUGAGAAGAGGUUCGAAAUACCGUCCAGUCUCUCAGGCCUAAUAGCUUCAUCAUACGAGAUUGGAAAUGUCAUCACAGUUAUAUUUGUUAGCUAUCUGGGUAGUCGUCGGCACAUUCCUGUGUGGAUAGCAAUUGGUUCUGUUAUCAUGGGCAUUGGUUCCAUGGUUUUUAUGGUCCCACACUUUAUAGCAGAACCAAAUCUGGGCACAAUGCUUGCCAACUCAAGCUCAGACAAUAUUUGUAGGGGAGUGUCUUUGAGAGAACAGGACAUGGGACUUGGAAGAUUAUCUUCAGGCCUAUCGUCACCACCAUUGGCCCCACACAACAACCUCCGUGGUGACAACUGCAUACAGGGGUCACCAUCAACAGCUGGCCCCGUCAUGCUGUUCCUAGUGGCACAACUUUUACUUGGUUGUGGAGGUUCACCACUUUUUACCCUUGGAACAACGUACAUAGAUGACCAUGUUCGACCAGAAAGUGCCUCUCUCUAUAUUGGCUGCAUGUACAGCAUGGCAGCAUUUGGACCAGUCCUAGGAUUUCUCCUUGGAGCUUAUCUUUUAUCAUUCCAUAUGGAUUCCUUUUCUGGAACCAUAGUUAAUAUAGAUCCUGGAGACCGCCGUUGGGUGGGAAUGUGGUGGGGAGGUUUCCUCUUGUGUGGCCUCCUACUGAUUCUUGUUGCCAUUCCAUUUUAUGCCUUCCCAAAAACUCUGCAGAGAGAAAAAGAGAAAAUUCGUAUGUUGGAAAAAGCUCGUCCACCGGAUGCCCCUAGGCCACCUAAGUCUACAGACCCAAAUACGUCUUGUGGGCAAACAAAUGAUUCAGGCUAUGGGAAAGAUAUAAAAGACAUUCCACGCUCAAUGUGGCGACUUGUGUGCAAUCCUGUUUACGUGGUUACUUGUUUGGGUGCCUGUAUGGAACUUAUUAUUGUAUCGGGUUUUGUUGUGUUCCUACCAAAAUACCUGGAGACACAGUUCAGUCUUGGAAAAAGUCAAGCCAGUGUAUUUACAGGUUCAAUAGCAAUACCUGGAGCCUGUAUUGGCAUCUUCAUGGGUGGCUGUCUCCUUAAACGUUUGGAACUGCGACCUAGGGGUGCCGUGCAGUUUGUUCUGAUCUCUAACACAAUAUGUCUAGCCUGUUAUGGGUUGUUGUUCUUCCUUGGCUGUGACAAUGUGAAGAUGGCAGGAACAACAAUACCCUACUUCAACAGCUCCAAACAUGAGCCAUUCCAAGUCAAUUUAACAGCUGCAUGUAAUUUUGGCUGUGAGUGUCGCAUGAAUGAUGUCGAACCUGUCUGUGGCAAUAAUGGGCUGACAUAUUUCAGUCCUUGCCAUGCUGGAUGUACUGCAUUCUCAUCCAGAUCAAACUACACUAAUUGUGCCUGCAUCCACGGAAACUUCAGCCUGUUGACUGGAUCGGGUCCACAAGCGGCUGAGUUUGCAGAAGUUACAGUUGUUCCUGUAGCAACUGCUGGACCUUGUAAUUCCCCCUGUAGAACAAUUUUUCCAUUUCUUAUACUACUUUUCUUCAUGACCUUCAUAGUUGCUGUUACCCAGAUGCCACUGUUAAUGAUAGUACUAAGAUCUGUGGGUGAGGAGGAACGGUCCUUUGCGUUGGGUAUGCAGUUUGUCAUAUUUCGACUCUUUGGCUACAUACCAGCUCCUAUCUUGUUUGGUAAUUUAAUUGAUUCCACAUGCCUUCUUUGGAAAAGUGAAUGUGGAGAGAAAGGUGGACGUUGCCUCUUGUACGAUAUUGAACAGUUUCGCUUUAGGUAUGUGGGUAUAUGUGCCGGAAUUAAAAUACUGGCAUUAGCCCUCUUUAUUGUUGAUUGGUGGUUGGUGCGGAGGAGGCGACAAUUGGAAGAGCAAGCUGUAAUGACAGUUAAUGAUCUCGUUGGUUCAAUCAUUAGCCUUGACAAAUUGUUUGAGGAACGUCCUGCCACAAGCCAAACAGAUGUGAAGACCCUCACAGUGACUACAUCGUACCCAGCAUCUGAACAACCAACGCCUUCAUCGGACUCAUCAGUUGAACCUGUUGAGCAGCGACUGGUGCCGGUGAUUCCACCGCCCUCUGAACUGCAAAAGCUCGAGGGUCCGCCUGAAUCGGUCCAGUCACCUUCCUCUGAUCCAGUCUGUGAUGAUGUGUCGUGUGUACCAUCUGUGACUAAAAGUGAGAAGUGGGAUCACAGUAAAGAUAGUCCUGCCGGUGUAGGAGUUUAAUGAAAAUUGCUGCCUUAGAAACAUGGUUAACUCAUCCGUUAUGAGUGUGAUAUUUAUUUAUAUAGAUGGACUUUCCACGUGCAGCUGAGUUAUUUCAGAUUACUGCUGCAGCAGCAUAAAAGACUUUAUUUUAUUACACAGAGGCAUGUGUAGAACGUAGAUGCAUCAAGCUUUAUUUUCUGUAGUUAAGCCUGUCGUAUUGGCUGUAUGUUCCUUGCACAUACUGGAGUUUCCUGUGAUGUUGGUGUGUCAGAAAUGACGAAUGGUGUGUGAAAGAGAUUUUAAUUUUGUAACUUAUUUAAUUCCUGCCUUAUGAACAUAAAAACUGUUACAGUUAAAUGUGAAUGCAUAAAUGAGCAUUGUGGGGAUCCAAGACUCGCAGCAUAUGAAAUAACUGCUGAUUCCAAGACACUGGUAUUGUUAUCUUGCACAUCCAAGUUGCUUCCAGUUUAAGCUCUGUGCUGAAAAUAGCAUGGCUAAAGUAGUUACAAUGAUGACAGCUUAAAGCUGUGGUAUGUUGAUAUGUAUUAAACAAAUUAUUUAUUAUUAAUAAUUAUUUUUCAGUUAAAUGACAAUGUAAAAUUAAUGAAAAGGUACAUUGAUUUGUUGUAAGUGAUAUAACUGAGGGUGUAUUUAAUCAAUAAAUGUCUGUGAUUGAAUGAAAUUUCUAUAAUUUGUUGAUCUCAAAACAUGUAAGUCAAUUCCAAAUCUUGAGAAAAUUAUGCUGUGAAGUGCUGUGAGAUCACUGAAAAGUAAGACAGAAAUGUGAAUAAUGUGAAUGUCAAUAGUUUUCUAAAAAAUAAAAUAGAAAAUCUUGUUACUAUUUAUAAUUUUAUAAAAAUGAUAUAAAGGCAUAUAUUUAUAUGCCAUAUUGUAUGUAUGUAAUUGUAAAAUACCUUAUUAUAUAAUUCAUAAUUGUGACAAGUGAAACAAUGUGAGUCAACAUUUUCAUAUUUUCUUUCUAUGUUUCUUACUCUUUUAAUUGCAGAUUGUUUUUAGCAAUUUAUAUGAGGCUGUAUUUUAGACUCAAUAUUUUUAAUAUCCAAAAUUAUUUUAAAUACUUUUUAAUUCCUAAAUAAUUUUGAUGCAAGCUCAAAAAUAUAUUUUGCAUAGCAUUAACAAUGGCAUUGUAUAAAUUUUUACAAACCUCUUAACAAUCAAUGGGCAUCAGAAUUUCCUAAUGUUGUCUUUAGUUUUUUUAACACAUAAAUUGGCACAAUGCUACAAUUAAUUAAUCAAGUGCAACUGCUUAUUAGUUGCUAUGGGAGAAUGUUAAAUUGUAUUUCUGUACCCAAUUCCGCUGUCCGUCACUAGAGGAGCAGGUGUCCAAAGCUGAUUCAUUACAAUAGUUUUAAUUUGCUUUUCUGAAACUUUUGCAUGCAUCUUGCUUCUCCUUCCUUGACUGUAGCACACUUUCAUAAUAAAAUGCUUAGUCAUAAUUAAAUUCAGUUUCUAUUGCUGAGAUAGGCUUUCUUUUCGUUUGGUUGAAAGGAGAGAGAGAAUUUGUGACAGCUACUGAAGCAGUUAAUUUCUCUUUCCAUGUGACUUUUUAUAUGUAAUUCUUCAGUGAUUUAGUAUAAGCUUUUCCUCAUGCAAUUAAUUUUGAUGAUAUUAAAAGUUAUCAGUACAUUGUAAAUCAAGGAUGUGUGGUAUUUUUAUUAUUUGUGUUGAAAUAAUAUAACAGACAUUUUUGUCACUUAAUAUCAGAAAUGACUACAGUAUUAGAUACUGCAGAGGGUCCAACUUGCAAGUGAAGAAGUAAGAAUUGCUUAUGAAAUUGUUAUUGUUAUUACUUUUUGUAAUACAGCUGUUUGUUUGAAGGAAAAGUCAUAGCUUUGGAAGGAAGAAAGUUGAAAUGUUUGGAAUCCUUUUCGACUGUUUUGUAAUAACUGUUAAUUAAAAUA